UUUAGAAACAACCCUCCAGCACACUACCACCAUCACCGCCCCCGAUGCAUUAUAAAAUGUGCGACCGCUGAGAACGUGCAUCAGCUCACCAACCCCAACGUCCGCUGUUCUUCACUCUCUCUCUCUCUCUCUUUAAAUCUCCCGCUCCUCUGUUUUACCUAUUCUAUUUCUGUUUUUCCUAUUCCCAUUUGAUUUCUUGUUGUUAAUACGGAGGUCUAGUCUUCUCUUGUCCGAUUUGAGGUACUUUCUUCCAUUAUGAUCACUUAAUUUUCACCUUGAAAUCGGUCAGCUCAUCGCCAUCGGAGUUUGAUUUCUUUCGAUUGAUCGAUCGAGCAGGAGACGGCGGAGAUGAUUAUUAACGUACGGGAGACAGUUAUGGUGAAGCCGGGGGCUGAGACGCCGCGGCGAAGGAUUUGGAACUCGAAUCUAGAUCUGGUGGUGCCGCGGUUCCACACACCGAGCGUAUACUUCUACCGGCGACCAGAGAUGGAGGGUGAUGGGUUUUUUAAUGCGCAAAAGCUUAAAGACGCGCUGGCGAAGACGCUGGUGCCUUUCUACCCGAUGGCCGGCCGGCUUGCUAAGGAUGAGGAUGGGAGGGUGGAGAUCGAUUGUAACGCUGAGGGCGUUCUUUUGGUCUUCGCUGAGACGAAUUCGACGGUUGAGGAUUUUGGGGAUUUUGCGCCAACGAUGGAGAUGAAGCGGCUAAUCCCUAUGGUCGAGUACACAGACGAUAUCUCUGCUUUUCCCCUUCUGGUACUCCAGAUUACCUACUUCAAGUGCGGCGGCGCGUCUCUCGGCGUCGGCAUGCAACACCACGUGGCCGACGGCUACUCCGGCAUCCACUUCAUCAAUUCCUGGUCCGACGUGACGCGCGGUCUCGGGCAUCUCCCUCCCCCUUCAUCGAUCGCACCUCCUCCGCGCCGCAACCCCCCCCCCCACCUUCCCCACAUCGAAUACCACCCCCUCCCUCCAUUGUCCACCCCCACCCCCACCGCCACCCCUUCCUCCACCGCCGUCAACAUCUUCCACGUCAGCCGCACCCAUCUCAACCUCCUCAAAUCAAAAACCGCCACCACCAACUCCAACCCCCGCUUCAGCUCCUACUCCCUCAUCGCCGCGCACGUGUGGCGCUGCGCUUGCGCCGCACGUGCUCUCCCUCCCAACCAACUCUCCAAACUCUACAUCGCCACCGACGGCCGCAAGCGGCUUCAGCCCUUGCUUCCAGAUGGCUAUUUCGGAAACGUUAUAUUCACGGCGACGCCGUUAGCGACGGCCGGUGAGAUGGGCGACGCCGCGGGGAUAAUACAGGCGGCGUUAGGGCGCAUGAACCCGGAGUAUUUGAGGUCGGCGUUAGAUUACUUGGAGGUUCAGCCGGAUUUAACGGCGUUAGUGAGAGGCGCGCACACCUUCAGGUGCCCGAACAUCGGGAUUACGAGCUGGGUGAGUUUGCCUAUCCACGAAGCGGAUUUCGGGUGGGGAAAACCGAUAUUUAUGGGUCCGGGAGGGAUUGCCUACGAAGGCCUUUCGUUUGUUCUGCCCAGCGCGGCCGCCGAUGGCAGUCUCAAGGUUGCCAUUUCGCUGCAGGCGGAACACAUGGCACGGUUCAAGGACCUGUUCUACCAAUUCUGAUUCUUCAGUGUUAGGAGAAAUUAUUAUGUGCGGUAUUCGGACAGUGUUGAUCAAUCAGAAUGCAUCACGUUAGUAGUAUCGAGCAGCGGUAAUUCGUAAGGGAGUAACGUGGCACAUUCUUAUUGAUUUCCAGACGGUGUUCGACGUCCGCACUUAAUAAUUAAUCCAGUUUUAGGAGGUGGAGGAAAAUUAUAAUGAUAUCACAGAAGAAAAAAAUGUUAGAAUUUUUUAAUAUGAAUUAUAUUAUAUUGAAUUUAAUAAUUAUUUGAUACACUUUGAGAUUAGCCUCAUCACUAAUCUUAAAGAAUAUAUAAUAAUUAUUAAAUUCAUUAUUAUACAAUUUGUAUGAUGAUAUUCUAGCAAUUUUUUUUUCCAUGUCGAAAUAAGAUAUUAUAGCUUUGAAUGAAUAUUUUCUUAUGUUUUAUAUGGGAGUUUUUUAAUUAGGUUUGUUAGAGGAUCGGUACAUUUGUCGAACAACUUGAUAUUUGCUUGUAUAAGGGUUGUUUAGUUUCAUUUA